GCAGGGACCUCCAAGGUACACAAGGUGCACGAGUGGACGCGAAACCUCUCACGGUACCACAGGCAGCGAAACCCCGUGCACCCUCAUUCAGGCUCCCAGUAACAGAUCGCGUACUGCGCGCCGACCUGCCUCACCACAAAACUUCUCCGGGUCUCAUCCGCACCCAACGGUUCCUCUAGCCAGCGCGGCUGACUCCGGUACUGCUACAAACUGGAUUCCCGGAGUUCAUCACCAUGUCUGGCGGGUUUUAGAUACUCCAUGGAGCAGCCCAACCUCUACGAGGUCGCUCCACGACCCCUCCUGCCUAACCUUGGACACAACCAGCAAGGCGCCUUCUGCUACAAAGACCCUGCGUCCGGCGGAGACCUCGGUGACAUCUACGAGAACGAGAACUCCAUCGACAUCACAGCCUACAUCGACCCAGCAGCUUUUAACGACGAGUUCCUCGCCGAUUUAUUUCACAACAGCUCCAAACAAGAGAAGCUCAAGCUGGCGAGCGGGGACUACGACUACCCGCACGGGCACGGUGCCCAGGGCGCACCGGGACAACAGACACAAGUGUACGGCUGCAUGACGUACAUGGACUCCAAGCUGGAACCCAUCUACGACAACCCACCUGCACGCAUGAGACCCUUGGCGAUUAAACAAGAGCCACAUGAAGAAGAAGACCUCGGCCACGCGAUGCCAUCCACCUACCACCACGCGCAGAUGCACCCGCACUCGCAACAUCUGCCUCACCUCCAAUACCAAAUCGCGCACUGCGCGCAGACGACCAUGCACCUUCAGCCGGGUCACCCGACUCCUCCCCCGACCCCGGUUCCGAGUCCGCACCAUCAGCAGAGCGGGCUGCCUGGCGGAGGGAUGAAGAUGAUGGGCGCGAGUGACCGGGGGAAGUCCAAGAAAAACGUCGACAAGAACAGCGCUGAGUACCGGCUGCGGCGGGAGCGGAACAACGUCGCUGUGAGGAAGAGCCGGGACAAGGCGAAAAUGCGCAACGUGGAGACGCAACAAAAGGUGAUAGAGUUGUCGUCGGACAACGAUAGACUACGGAAACGGGUGGAACACCUCACCCGGGAACUGGAGACUUUACGAGGAAUCUUCAGACAGCUGCCCGACGGAUCGUUCGUCAAGUCUAUGGGGAACUGUGUCUAGGGAUGGACUUUGGACUUUGCUGGACUAAUAGUGGUCGGACGGUGGGUGACGAACGGCUGGAUCUACUCACCGUGGCAGACCUUUAAACCUUAAACUGUUUAAAAAGCAGGCAGCUGUUGGUUUAUCUGUGUGCCUUUUGUAAGAAAAAAACAAUAAGCUCAUCAUCUCCAUAAUUUUAAACAGUGGACUAAUUCUUACGAUGCGUCCUAUGUCAGAUUGUGCGCUAGCUACGCUGACCUGUAAGAGCAGCUAAAAUAGGACAUCAUUUUACAGUGCAAGUCCUAUCUCAUGUUUCAAAUAGAUGCCUUCUUGUUAAACUGUACCUUUGUUGCUGGAGCUGUAUAAUUGUUAUGUGCACAAGGCUUUGCCUUUACUGUGUAAUAGAGAAGGUGGUAUAGUUUUCAUAAGUCAGAGAUGCCUUUUUUUUCAGAAACGAAAACAGACUAUUUGGGGACGAGUUCAUAAAACCACGUCACUAAAGUCACUGAAAAGCAGCAGGUCUUUACUGUUGUAUACCUUUCGCACCAGCAGUUUGUAUGCACUAAAUGUCGUACAGAACGACCACAUCAAGCAACCAUACAAGUUCGGGUACUGAUCUGGAGGCGACUGCUCGCACUCCCCAGCCCGGGUUUAUACGCUGAAAAAUAAUAUUGUAUUAAAAUGUGAAAGAGUUAGAGUGAUAGCUUACUGUCUUGUCGGGUUGAUUUGUAACAAAUGUUGAAAAUGCCUCUGAUUUCGCAGAGAAAUGUGGUGUGUGUCUUAGUCGAUCAGAUCUGUAUUUUUGUAAGAAAAUGACACGAGUGCCUUGACUAUGCUCUCACUCUACACUCAUCGUCUCAACUGGGUGGUUUUUGUCAUUCGAAACAUUCACAGCCUAAACGAAGCACUUUUCCUACCCAUGCCAUAUUUGUGAAUACAAUAUAACAAAUGUUUCAGUUACUUUUUAAUUGUUAAAUGAAACUUAUAUUUUAACAAAUAUAAUAAAAGAGCUAUUCCCCUUA